AUGCGCGCACACGGCCUUUUUCCCUUCUUCGAUUGCGCAUAUCAAGGAUUCGCCACUGGGUCGCUUGUAGAGGACAAUUUCGCAAUCCGGCAUUUCGAGCAAGAGGGAUUCGAGCUUGUGAUUGCGCAGUCCUUUGCGAAGAAUAUGGGUUUAUACGGACAACGCGUCGGAGCUUUUCAUUAUGUUACGCCUGCUGGUCCUGAUGCACAAGAAGUUACUCAGAGAAUCUCUUCACAGCUGUCUAUCAUCCAGCGUUCGGAGCUUUCCAGUCCGCCGAUCUAUGGAGCGAAGAUAGCAUCUAUUAUACUUAAUGAUGAACAGCUGUUCGCUGAGUGGGAGGACGAUCUUCGCACUAUGGCUGGGCGGAUCAAAGGCAUGCGUAAAGCCUUGAGGCUGGAGCUGGAGCGACUGCAGACUCCUGGCACGUGGAAGCAUGUCACCUCGCAGAUUGGAAUGUUCAGUUUUACAGGGCUGAACAAAGAGCAAGUAGCGGAGCUGAGGAACCGGUGGCAUGUGUACAUGGCGGAGACAGGACGCAUCAGUGUUGCAGGACUCAACGAGCAUAACGUUGCGUAUUUUGCGCGGGCCGUAGAUGACGUAGUGAGGCGUGUUGAGUAG